CAGUGGGUUAACUGCCUUGUUCAGGGGAACAGUGGGUUAACUGCCUUGUUCAGGGGAACAGUGGGUUAACUGCCUUGUUCAGGGGAACAGUGGGUUAACUGCCUUGUUCAGGGGAACAGUGGGUUAACUGCCUUGUUCAGGGGAACAGUGGGUUAACUGCCUUGUUCAGGGGAACAGUGGGUUUACUGCCUUGUUCAGGGGAACAGUGGGUUUACUGCCUUGUUCAGGGGAACAGUGGGUUUACUGCCUUGUUCAGGGGAACAGUGGGUUUACUGCCUUGUUCAGGGGAACAGUGGGUUUACUGCCUUGUUCAGGGGAACAGUGGGUUUACUGCCUUGUUCAGGGGAACAGUGGGUUUACUGCCUUGUUCAGGGGAACAGUGGGUUUACUGCCUUGUCAGCUCGGGGAUUCGAUCCAGCAACCUUUCGGUUACUGGCCCAACGCUCUAACCACUAGGCUCCCUGCCUCUAACCACUAGGCUCCCUGCCGCCCCAAUAUGACAAAUAUGGGGAAAAAAUAGUUGUUGUGUGUUGAUGCAAUGUCUUCCACUAUAUUCUCAAUCCCUCGUGGGACCAACUGCUUAUCUAUUGGUCCUGUGGUGACUCGCCUACUCAGGAAUGGAAGGUGCUCAACCAACAAGUCUGAACAGUUUACAACGGCUGCCUGGGGGGGAAUUACUUCCAGACUGAAGUACAGUCCUUCAGUUUCACCAGGUCUGCACACGGAAUAAGAGCUUCUCUUCCCUUAAACAGACUCACUAGGCGUGGAGGACUCUGGAGGACUGCUUUUCCUUAAGGAUUCGGACAGGAUCAGACUUUGACUGUAAAAAGGGGACAGGUUUUGCCAGUUCAUAUUAUGGAAGAGGAUCUUCUGAACGAUAACUGCACAGCAGAUAAUCUGCCCUUGUAUACAUUCUACGCCUCUGUGAUGAUUGUGGAGUUCACCCUGGCUCUGCCUCUUAACCUCUCAGUGCUCUACCUCUUCAUCUUCAAGCUGGAGUUCUGGAAACUGAACUCCAACAACCUUUUCCUGUUCAAUCUCGUGUUGGCUGACCUCCUUCUGCUAGGCUGUUUGCCAGUGAACGCCUACAAUUUUCUUCGCGGAGAGCGGCAGAGUGUGGACGGAAAGAUCUGCAAAGCCAUGCUCUUCAUGCUGUUUCUGAACCGAGGCGCCAGUAUCGGCUUCCUGGCUGUGAUUUCACUCGAUCGCUACUUCAACGUGGUUCAUCCUGGGAACAAGGACUUUGUCCUCAAAAAGUCCCCUCAUAUAUCUGUCUUCAUCUGGCUAGUACUGCUUCCUUUGACGAUCCCCACCAUGCUGAAGACCGGCUGCUGUAGCAGUCAUGGGGACAUCACUGACACUCUGAGAGAGGUUGUGUUUUUCACCCAGAUUCUCAUCCCUUUCUUUGUGUUGGUGUACUGCACGGUCCGCAUUGUCAACAGACUUAAAAAGAAGACAGUAGGUGACAGGACCAAGCUGCGUCGAGCAGUGUUUCUGGUCACCUCUGUCAUGCUGCUCUUUUCUUUCUGUUUCCUGCCUUGUACCAUCGCUAGAAUUGUUCUGUUGAUUGUCAGAGCCAUGGAUUUAGAGAAUGCUAAGAAUAUAGCUGUUCAGGUCUAUGAUGGUUUCAUAGUUUUUUCCCACAUGGACUGUCUAGUGGACCCAAUUGUGUACUGUUUAAGCAGCACUAAGUUCAAACACCUCUACCUGACAACGUAUUGCCCCUGUCUACUGAGAAACAACGCAGAAAUGGUUGAAAGAACAAACCCGACACGAACCAACUUAAAUCUAAAACGCAACAACAACACACUGUAGCUAGUAGUCUAAAACGCAACAACAACACACUGUAGCUAGUAGGUAAUGAUACUUCUGGGUGUGGGCGUGGUUGUGGGUGUGGUCGUGGGCGUGGCCACAGUUUUUAAAGAGUUUCUUGUGGUUAUACACUUUCAUGGGGCUGAGAAUUUUUUGGUAUUUAAAAAAAAAAAGAAAUAAGAGAAUUUCCUGCAAUUCUACACAUUUUACCAUGGCUUAUGUCAUAUAACUGAAACUUUGUUAAAACAAGUCUAUUGGGGCCCCAUGCCAGGACAUUUUUUAAAAACAUUUUAGAUUCUCUCUGACUGUCUAGUUUUUUAUUUUGGUGAUGGUUAGUUCUCAAAGAUGAUCUUAUUUCAAAAGAUAUCGCUCCGUUUAUCUUUUCUACAUACUUUCUAUCUGGUUUUAGUCGUUUUAAGUUCACACUGAAAAGGUUUUUUACCAUGUUCAUCUGUUUUGAUGUGGCAGCCCGCCGCUGCUAAAUGAGUAUAGGGGAAGCACUGGCAUGUUCAUCUGUUUUGAUGUGGCAGCCCGCCGCUGCUAAAUGAGUAUAGGGGAAGCACUGGCAUGUUCAUCUGUUUUGAUGUGGCAGCCCGCCGCUGCUAAAUGAGUAUAGGGGAAGCACUGGCAUGUUCAUCUGUUUUGAUGUGGCAGCCCGCCGCUGCUAAAUGAAUAUAGGGGAAGCACUUGCAUGUUCAGCUUCUGUUUGCCAAAUCAGACUGUGAUUCAAUACUGGUUUCUGUUAUGAUCAGUCAUCGGGUUCGUUCACCUGUGAUAUCAUCAUGUUAAACAGAUCAUCAUGAUGCUGUUACUAAUUGUCUGUGUCAAAUAAAUAUUCUCCUCAAAUGAUGCUCCCAUAAAAAUGAUUGUUACGACUACUACUACUACCACCAAGACAACAACAGCUGAUAGGAGCUACCCCCUCUUCCCUUGGAGAGGUAAGACCACAUUAUAUACUACUACUACCACCAAGACAACAACAUCUGAUAGGAGCUACCCCCUCUUCCCUUGGAGAGGUAAGACCACAUUAUAUACUACUACUAGUACUACAACAGCUGAUAGGAGCUACCCCCUCUUCCCUUGGAGAGGUAAGACCACAUUACAGUUGAAGUCGGAAGUUUACGUACACUUAGGUUGGAGUCAUUAAAACUCAUUUUUCAACCACUUCACACAAUUCUUGUUAACAAACU